AUGCUUGCUAUAUUAUGGGUGAUGCGCGAGUGCGAAACCGCUGAUGUCCCGUCAUUUAAGUCAUUACGCACCUUACAGACCAAGUUAACGAAAGAUAUGGGACUUAAAACGGAGAGUCAUACGUCGUCGCUUGGAAAUCACUUUUGCAUGAAUGAUCCUAUUCAGCUUUUUGCGAUGGAUUGGGCCAAUCCUCUGGUGCGAGAGCAUAUGAACCUAUAUCCGGAAAUUUCCCCGAAAGUGUCAGAAGCCUGGCAAGCAGGAAAAUGGGCCGAGGAGACGGACCUGGAUCUCCUGACACCAAUGUGGGCAGACAGGAAGAAGGCGCCGCACCGUCAUUAUUAUGUCAAGGAGAUAGCACGCCUACAAGAUGGGCGACUCGUCAUACCUUUCCGUUGGAUAAAUCAGGAUGGGACUAUGCACGCUGACGUAUGCAAUGUCAUUCAUGACCCGCUCACGGGGGUGACAAAUGCAGAUUUUGGAACGGUCAGCCGGGUGAAUGCCUCUGAAUUUGAAAGCAAUUACCUUGACUUGACAGAGUCGGGUGAAGGCCUUAAGUUUCACUUCCCAGGUAUGUCUCCUGUCCAUAGGCGAGAUAGGUGUUGCUUCUGGUAUGAAACUGCAGAGACCGCCCCGUCGUGGGCAAACGAGAUGCCACAUCCUGUCCGGAAGAUCGCGAAGGGUCGCUCGGCAUUCACACUAUUCAUUACACCAUGGAGCGAUGAUGUAUCGGGCAACGUGAGCAAGCAAUUUAACCCACAUGUCAAUACGUACCUUGCAAAUAGUACUCUACCACAUCAGAAGCUUGCACAAGAGUUUUUUGUGCGGUUUUGUUCUACGUCCCAGCAUGCAUCAUCCUCUGAGCAGCUGGACGCACUAUCGGAGAAGAUGAAACCUGAUCAGUGGUACACUGCAUAUGAUUGUGUGCUCGGAGAAGAGAUUAUCUUCCGUAUAUUGCCACAUAUCUUCCCCGCUGACAAUCCCCAGCAAUCAGAGACCUGUUCUCAUAUUGGCAUGCAUGGGAAUCUUUUUUGCCGGCGGUGCAAAGUCGGAGGAGGUGCAGAUGACAAGGAGAGCUAUCCCAGAUCGUGUGCCGAGACGGUGCAAGUAAUAAAGGAUCAGCUAUGGUCUGCGUGCUUAGGCGUUCAAGAAGCAGUUGACGCGCUGCAGACCCGAACGGGCGUAAAGGACAAGAUUGCGUCAUUUUGGAUCGACCAAUGCAUUACCAAAGCACGUAGUCUUCAAGUUGAACGACUGAGUAAUGAGGCGACCCGAGAUCUCCGCCUAAAGGACAAGUCUUUGAAAGGCGAAGCCCGCAAGCUUGUCAAAAAUGAAAUCAUCUGUAAAGUCCAGGAAGAGGUCUUCGAUUGGCUCCUGAGUCAACCCUCGGAGCGGUAUAGUGUGUUACCGCUCGAUUCCCAGAUUCUUCACACGUAUCUGCUUGGGCAAGACAAAUACGUUUGGUAUGCUACUCACGGCGGUUGGGACGAGAAGAAACAAGAGCUGUUCGCUCUCCGGCUUCAGUCAUCGGCCGUUGACGGCUUGGUUCUUCCCCCAGUUCGAGCAAAAUAUAUGGUGCAAUAUAAGAAUGCUCUUGUUGGGCGACACUUCAAAGCAUUACAGCAGGUUGCAAUAUUUCAUCUGCACGGGGACCUAUGCUCGGAUCUCAUGUUUGACUUGUGGCGAGCAACUGGGGAGCUAGGGGCCUACCUUUGGUACCACCAGAUUAACGACAUGAAAGCUUAUCUGGCCGACGUGUCAAUCCUAAUCGACAAUGUCCUGGAUAUCUGGGCAUUGAUCGAUCCGAGCCGUAUAAUACAGAAGCCGAAGCUGCAUGCCCUCCCGCACAUCUUGGAGGACAUUCGACGGUUUGGGCCAGCCUUGCUUUUCGCAACGGAGAUUUUUGAAUGCUGGAAUGCUAUCUUCCGGCUCUGUAGUGUUCUCUCCAACCGCCAGGCGCCCAGCCGUGACAUUGCUUUGACACUGGCAGACAUGGAGCGCUUCAAGCACCAAGUCAGUGGUGGCUGGUGGAGGUCGGACUCCGGCAAAUAUGUACGAGCGGGUGAGAAUGUACGCGCGUUUCUGCGAGAGAAUCCUCAGUUGCAAAGGCGUCUCGGGUGGGUCGAUACAUGCUCCCUGCAAAUCGGUUCUGUGAAGAUGGUAGCAAGACGCAAACGAUCAAGCAAAGUGUGGCGCGAGGCCCUUGAUCAGACAGGAACAUUGCACGUUGCAGAGCCCGGUGUUAGCGGGCUAUUGUGGCAGCAAGGAGAAUCCUGUGUAUCACGCUCGCGAGACAUUUGCCGUACCGGAUCGUGGGUGUUCUACCGCAGCAGAAUAUCAUGGCUCAUCAGUAUUCACCAGGGCCCGAAUCAAGAGGUCAGUUGUGGUCGCAUCUGCAAGAUCCUUUCUCCGGAGACUUCGAAGACCACCUGCGAUACGGGUUUUGCACUCGUCGAGCGCUUUACGGUGUCCAGCGCACUACAUAAUCGUCUCAAAAUGCCUAUCUUAACAAGAACCUUGAACGGGCCGAAAGACCUUUUAUUUUUAUUCAAUGCGCAACACGACUGUGCAGCAGGUAAUUGUAGUCCAACAGCUUUGCGGCCGGUGCAACAAGAACGAUGUCCAACGAGCCUGCAAGAGCGGUGCAUUGUGCACUUGGAUGAUGAUCAGUUCAUUUUGAACAUGCACGCCAUCCACAAUGCAGCACUGGUGCGAGAGGUACUUCCCCGGCAGCUGACAGCCCCACGCCAUUAUCUUCAACCAAACCGGUCUGCGAGGCUAGCUGAGAUUGCUCGGGGGCUUCAAAUAUCAGGACCGGCGAAGCGUGCUGAGAGCGCCGCGAAAGCAGCCGCGACUAGAGCUCGCAACAAAAAGGCCAAGGAGUCCCAAAAUCUCAGUCAGGCCACAGUCGACAUGGCGGCAGAUUCCAUUCCUGAUAUAUAG